CCCGAGGCAUCGACGCUCAGUCAACUUUGUGAAGAAUCCACGAGACGUCGAGACCGGUAAAGCUUUCGGUACAUCUUAAUCUCAGCCAUGGGAAUCAUCUUCGUUUUGAUUCAAAUAUUCUUCUGUGCCAGACUGUCAAUGGCACAACAACAACCAGCCCCUUAUCCUGCGGUAAACUGGUAUUAUCAACCAUCGUUCGGUUGCAACUGGAACUCACUUUCUAUGCCGAAACCGCCCUACCUGCCGUGGAAUCAACCGUACGCGAAAAGAGACGAUUACACGUACACCCCGAAUAUUGGCGGUUACAAAGUUCACACGCGAGCUGUUCCUUGGAACGAUGCACGAAUGAUUUGCGAAGAGGAGGGUGGUCACUUGGCCAUUCUUAACUCCAUAGCCGAAGCGAAAGUAGUCACUGAGUUGUUCAAAAAAUCAUCUCCAAUCACUGGAUCACCUCAUCCGGAUUUUGCCAGUAUUGGAUUUCACGAUCUUUAUCGGGAAGGCCAAUAUGUGACCAUUCACGGUCAGACGUUGGCGAAAGCUGGUUUCGGCGAGUGGGCAGAUGGACAACCAGACAAUGCGGGUGGUGCCGAAAAUUGCGGAUCAUUGCACAAAAGUGGCGGACUUAACGAUAUCAAUUGCGGUACACAGUUUGGUUUUAUAUGCGAGUUACCAAUCUACUGAUGAGGACAUCUAACAAGAGUGAUCGAUUUUUAUUGGCAGACAGUAUGUCGUUGAUAAAUAACGUAGAAUAUAAAGUAUGGGAACCGUAUUUGAGACUAACAUAUGUAGAAUAAAAAAUAUUUCUAUAAACUGGACAAAUCUGCAGUAAAAUACAAAGCGAACGCGAUGCAUGAAAAUUUAUUCAUAUGACGGACCAUCGGCAACUCUUGAUCAAAUACCAUCCCCAAAAGGGUCGAAGAAGACAACAGAAGCAUUUAAAAAAAGCGAUUAAAUAAAUUAAUCACACUUUGUGAUCACGAUGAUUAUAAACACCACCGAUAAAUUUGUGAACCCAAAAAAUAUUUCAUGUAUUUCACACAAUGAAAAAUAAAAACCGAAUCGACACAA